AUGUCAGUAGAAGAAAACUCGGAAGAAAUUAUCUCCAAAGUUUUGAAAAGUCCUGCACUUGACCCUAUAAAAAAACGAGUUUUGAUAAUACUUCAUUCUUUAUCGUCUCUUGUUCACGCAGCCAUGUUUUACUUUCUGUUAAUACAAUGGAGCAGAGUUGAUAUUCCUGUGUUGACACAUUUUAAUGUUUUUUGUCUCGUGGUCAUUGGAAUCGGAUUACUCGUUAUUCUGGUUCUUUUGUUUGUAAUCUUCAAAGUCGAAAUGAAAACGGACUCACACGCAAGAAGGUUUUUGCAUAUUUGGCCGUUGGUACACAUCGCCCUCUCCACUACCUACCAACUUGUUACCCAAAUUGUCUUGUCACAUUGGAAAGAUUAUCAGAUUCCUUCUCUCUAUUCUGCUUGGGCAACGACAGUUUCCGUUGGUAUUCAUCUCGCUCUUCACUCACUUUCUAUUUUCUGGAAAAUUUCGUGA